GUUUUUCUUUGUUGACAAAGUGCAUCGUGUCCCGCCGGGGAUCAAGAUUGAGCCCAAAUUCGGCCCGAAAAAGGCGAAAAUCGGCUGAAGUGCAGCGUGAGAAGAAGCGCCGGCGGAAAAAUGUGAUCGCCAGCAGCAAAAAUGCCGCCUCAUACUAGAAGUCGGAUUCUUCUUGUGUUUUGCCUGUCCCUGAUGCCGCUAGUCAAAGGCCAGUACCCGCACCAGCAAGAAUUGGAGCCCGAGUUUCUGGCGCCCCUCGAGAACCACACCGUGCCGCAGGGCAGAGAGGUCUCCUUCACCUGCGUAGUCAAUCACCUGGGCCAGUACAAGGUUGCGUGGAUCAAAGCGGACACGAAAGCGAUCCUGGGCAUUCACAACCACAUGGUGGCGCACAACAGCCGACUCUCGGUGACGCACAACGGGCACAACACGUGGAAAUUGCACAUCCAGGGCGUGCAGCGCGGCGACUCGGGCGAGUACAUGUGCCAGAUCAACACGGACCCCAUGAAGACGCAAAUCGGCUACCUUGAGGUGACGAUUCCUCCGGACAUCCUGGACAAGGAGAGCUCCGAAGACGGCGUCGCUCUAGAGGGAGGCACGGUGCAGAUCAAGUGCGUGGCGACCGGCUUACCCGAACCCACCGUCACUUGGCGCAGAGAGGAUUCCAAGAGCAUCGUUCUCAGACAAGACGGCAGUCGGGAAAAACAAGUCGUGCGCACUGUCGAAGGCGAGGUGCUUUUGCUGACCAACGUGGUGCGCUCCGACAUGGGCAACUACCUGUGCAUCGCCUCCAACGGUGUUCCGCCCUCUGUCAGCAGGCGAUUUGCCGUCAACGUCCAUUUCCACCCCAUGAUCAAGGUUUCGAAUCAAUUGGUGGCCGCCCCCGCAGGCAGCGACGUCACUGUCCAGUGCUACGUGGAGGCCUCGCCCAAGGCUAUGAAUAGCUGGCACAGAGACACAGGCGAGAAGCUGAUGGAAAACGCCAACAAGUACGUGAUAGCGGAGAACGCAAUCACCCCGUACUCGCUCUACAUGAACCUGACCAUCAGGAAUUUGGAGAAACGCGACUUCGGCGGCUACCUCUGCUUUUCCAGCAACGCACUCGGCAGGGUCGAGGCGGGUGUUAGACUGCAAGAGCUCAAACUGCCUCCGGCGACGACGACGUUGCCGCCGCCCAGGCCUCCAACGCCGAGUCACAAGGUGGUGAAGCAACACAAGGAGCGGCGCCGCAAGCCGAAGAAGCCGAAACCAGUCGGCGUGGACGAAACGAGCGGUGAGGAUGAAGAUUCCGAGGAGGUCACCAGCAUGGUGCCGUCGCCACCGGAGCAGAUGCGGCCGACGCCGCCUCCGAUGGACGCCGCCCCCAAGACGACGCGACACCCGUGGGUGAUGCACAACGAGGUCGGCGCGGCGGCCACCAGUCUUCCUGCGGCGCUGCUGUCUCUCGCGGCCCUGGCCACCCUUCGACUGCUCUCCGCAUAAAAGGUGCCGACGGACGCAAUUCUCAACCCCUAAUUGCAGGGGCUGUGUGUGUCUGUGCGACGACGGCAGAAGGACUGAGACACGUGAGGAGUAAAAAUUUAAAUUGGCGGAAAACGGAAAAAUUUAUUAAGAAAGCGCGGUUUUUCUAAAAUAUAAAAGAAAAUAUGAAAAGGAAUUUUGACGACUUUUCGUUCCUGCAGGAUGACAAUAAUAAUUCUUAUGACCGUUGCAUUUAAGGGUUUCAGUGCAUUCCUUUCUCACUAUUUGAAAUUGUAAUGGAAAUAAAAAUUUUAAUGGUAGGCCAUUGGUUUGUUAAAAUGUAAAAAGAAAAAACCCUGUUUCUAACCAAUUUUUUAUUGAAAUAAAUUUAUGAAAAAAUCUUUUAUUUAAUGAAUAUAAUCUGAAAUAAUAAUUCUUUACUUUUAAGUUUUUUUAUAAAUAUUUCAUUUUAAUCAAUGGCCUAAGUUUAAAAAGAAUUAUUACGAUCAAUCAACACAAACUCUCAAUCGUUUAAAAGUUCUUAAAAAUGGUAAACUAAACAAACCGAUGUAAUAAUCAUAAAAGAUAAAAAUCUUAAAACGCUAAAGUGUACUGAAUGUCUGCUGCAAUUUCAGACGUGCAGAUUGAUAAACUUGUUAGAUUAUGUCGCGCCUUUUUUCGGUGAUGAAUAUAUUUGCGAGAAUGAACGCUGAGGGAGCGGGAUAUAAAUGUGGAAAGAAAAUAUUUACUGCAGAUUUACUGUACCCCCAACAAAAGUAACGAAUGCCAACAAUCCAUCAGGGAUUUUUGACUUAUUGUUUUUAAUUGUUAAAAAAAAUGAUGGGAAUUAACAAUUCACUCGGGACUUUCAAUUACAAGAUCAUUUCCAUAAUAUACUAUAAAUGAAUUAUCCAAUUUUGAACAUAUCCAAAUCAGAACAAAAUGAGAAAUUUCAUUCAUCUCUCGUUAUCCGCACGGACGACGAAUAAAAGACAAUAUUAAAUGCAAUUCCACUAUACUUAUGACACGCAUUACAAUUAAUUAAUUAAUUAAUUGAUAUAUCAUUUAAGUAAGGUGGGAAAAACACGCGAACACACAUGUUAAAACAGCACUUAUUGAUGGACUAUGUAAUCAUUGUU